CAGGGCUUCCUUCUCUCUCGGCUGGAGCGCGGAGAACUUCCCCAUCCCCCCUGGGCCGCGGGGGAGGAGCAGAGCGAGGCGGAAGUGAGAACGAGCCCCGCGGGACGCAGCCCCAGCCUCUCACACGAGCUGCGAGCUCCGUGCCUCUCGCCUGGGCGUCCGGCUCCGCGCGGCGGCUGCAGCCUCCCAGACACUUACCUGGAAUUAGACCUUCAGCAUCCAACACCAUGAGCAACUACAGUGUGUCUUUGGUCGGCCCUGCUCCUUGGGGUUUUAGGCUUCAAGGUGGAAAAGACUUCAACAUGCCUUUGACCAUCUCUAGGUUAAGCGAUGGUGGCAAGGCAGCUAGAGCCCAGGUGGGGAUAGGUGAUGUGGUUCUCACCAUUGAUGGGACAAGUACAGACGGGAUGACUCAUCUGGAAGCACAAAACAAGAUCAAGGCCUGUACAGGCAACUUGAACAUGAAUCUGCAAAGAGCGCACUCUGCACCAAAGCCCGAUCCUGUUCCUGUACAAAAGGGAGAACCUAAAGAAGUAGUUAAGCCUGUGCCUAUUGCAUCUGCUGUUGCACCCAAAGUCACUUCCACAGUGAACAUGGCCUACAAUAAGACACCAAGGCCAUUUGGAGCUGUAUCUUCCUCAAAAGUCACUUCCAUUCCAUCACCGUCAUCUGCCUUCACCCCAGCCCAUGCGACUGUUCCGUCAUGUGCUUCCCCUCAACCAUUGGCCACUGUCACUCCUCCCCCAUUCACUGCAUCUGGACUGCAUGUUAAUGCCAAAUCCAGUACUGACCAGCGUUCACCUGCACUGAAUGCUGCUAAAGCUGCAGUUAAUGUCCCAUGGCAGCCUAACACAUACAAUACAACCCUGAACACGUAUUCCAACGACAAUGUCCAGGAUGUGGCAGAGGGACAAAGAAGAGGAUUCAAAGAGAGCCAGGUUGACAAUAAACAGCAAAAUGGUCCACCAAGGAAGCACAUUGUGGAUACCUAUACAGAGUUUUACCACACACCCACUCAUAGAGAUGCCAGCAAAAAAAGAUUGAUUGAAGAUACUGAAGAUUGGCACCCAAGGACAGGAACUACCCAAUCACGUUCUUUUCGGAUCCUUGCCCAAAUCACCGGCACUGAACACAUGAAAGAACCAGAAACUGAGACUACAAAGAAAACUAAGGAGAGUCAAACAGAAAAUGGAGACCCCAGCCUCCAGUUUGCCUUGGGAAAGGUGAAAAAAGCUACUUCACAUUGGCCAAUCUGGAGCGUGUCUGUAGAUCUACCAAAUGGAAUAGAAGCCCAGAAUUCCUCUUUAGAUCUAAAACAUUCAGUAGCUACUCAGACCAUUGAGAUGACGCCUGCAUCAGAACCUCCGUCAACACCAUUACCAGCUAUGAGACCAGAAUCUACGUCAGACAGUUUGCCGUUAGCCAAGUCUUCACCUGUCAGUGUUCCCUCUCCCAGACUUCCUGAUCAUGUCUCAAGUUCACCCCAUGGGAGAAAACUCUUGUUUGACAAUCCUUUGGAAGCCUUACCUAAGUGUGCACCUCAUCCACCUGCUGUUGUUCAGGUUUUAAGUGUCAGUAGCCAAGUAGCCACAGUGUCUAAAGUGGCAUCUACUUACACUAGGAAAAUAACUCAAUCUGCAGAGUUGAGUGCUCCAGGUCCAGCAAGCUUAAUGACAAAUGAAACUGGUGCAGAAAGUUCUCUAUCUGAUAAGCACACAGUAGCUACACAGACCUCUGAGCCACCCUUGCUCACAAUUGCAUCAAUGGAGCCACCUUGUACAGUCCAAGAUGUGGAAUCCAUUCCUUCGGUGCUUCCUGUUCCUGUCAGCUUCAACACUAGAAAAGCACUGCCUGAAAAUCCAUUGGAAGAUCUGCCAAAGUUUUCUCCCAUCCCUGUUCCUUCUCCUGCCCGGCAGAGCUCAAAAGUUAUGAGCAGCGCUGCGGCUGCCGUGUCUGCUGCCGUCGCUGUACGGGCCAGACUCUCCGAUCCUAAUGUCUACCGUUCGCUCUUGGAUGCCCUUCUCAUCACCCCUAUCACUAAACCACCGCCUCUACAAAGUGUCAGGCCCUCAAGGAAAUCAGCGAGUGCUUUGGAGUUGCAAAAGAAAGAGAGUGAUUCCCUGGAGGCUUCACAGCCUGUUGCUUAUGCCGCUGCCUCAGUGAGGAGCAUGCCUGUAAGUCCAGACAAAACUGACACCAAACCAGCUGCAGCCAAUAUCACAUCUGCUACAGCCUUUAAACCAACCGGACCUCAGAGUGCUAUCAAAUACUCAGGUUGGCAACCUUCGAACCAAGCAGCUCCUGCAAGUGGAUGGAUAUCCAACAAUAUGACACCGUCUGGCGCGACUGCACCAAGCGAUAAGUCUGUGACUCCGCCUCAACUAACAGAGCAAGACACUUUGGUGCAGAGAGCAGAGCAUAUUCCAGCAGGAAAGCGCACUCCUAUGUGUGCUCAGUGUAACCAGGUCAUUAGGGGUCCUUUCCUGGUGGCUUUGGGGAAAUCCUGGCAUCCAGAGGAGUUUAACUGUGCUCACUGCAGAACCUCUAUGGCUUACGUUGGGUUUGUGGAAGAGAAGGGGGCUCUCUAUUGCGAGAUCUGCUAUGAGAAGUUCUUUGCCCCUGAAUGUUCUCGAUGCCAGAGGAAGAUACUUGGAGAAGUAAUCAAUGCUUUGAAACAAACUUGGCAUGUUUCCUGUUUCGUAUGUGUGGCCUGCCAUAAUCCCAUUCGCAAUAAUGUCUUCCAUUUGGAAGAUGGGGAUCCCUAUUGUGAGACAGAUUACUAUGCCCUCUUUGGUACCAUGUGCUAUGGUUGUGAAUUCCCCAUUGAAGCUGGAGACAGAUUUCUUGAAGCCCUGGGCCACACCUGGCACGACACCUGCUUUGUGUGCUCGGUCUGUUGUGACAGUUUGGAGGGUCAGACGUUCUUCUCUAAAAAGGAUAAGCCCCUGUGCAAGAAGCAUGCUCACUCAGUGAACUUCUGAAGCUUAGGCCACGUAUCGUUAACAAACAUAAGGAAUGGAGAAGGUUGAAUUUCAUCAGAUGUCCAUUUUCAAUCGGCUAAUAAACUAUUUAUAUAAGAUUUUAGAAUGGAAGAGAAAAGUGGGAACUUUGGGCUUUUUACAUAGGAAGGUUGAGAGUGUUUAUCAGUGAACAUUUUUGAAUCAGUAAAAAGAGAAGGAGGGAGAUCUGUAUUCCAAGAGUAAAUUAUUGAGUGUAAAAAUACACACCUCACAGCAUAUUACUGUAUUGAUCUCAUGAUUUUUUUUAUGGCCAAGGUUAUAUUUGUUUAAAUAUCAGAAAUGGGGCUUCCAGGUUUAGAGAGGUGAUAAAAUGAAACUUGCUUUUGCUGGUAUUCGGGGGGAAGGGGGAAGCAUCAGAUAUAUAUUCAUCAUUUUAUAGGAAAGAAUUUUAAAAAAAAAAGGAAUGAAAUCAAAGAUAAAAAUUGGGGUAUGUGGGUCAUAAUUAAUGCACGAAAUCUUUGCUGUGAUAACCAUAUUCCGUAAGCCCAGGUUAUGUUUAUAUGGCGUUUUUGUCUUUGGUAAUCAAGUCUUGAGCAGAUCUGCAAAGAGCAUGGCAGAGAUUUUUACAUGGCCACCAAAUGGUGGAAUUGCUACUGUGCUGGAAAAUAGGCAUCAAAAAGAUGCCCUUUGAGCCACUAGAGAAAACACAUGGGACCUACUCUUCAAAAUGUGGCACAUACCACCAAAAUGCUCGCCAAUAAAAGUCAGGGUGUGAAAUUGCAUCUUAAGGUACUCAGUAGUCCUACACUUUAACUUCCAGUAGUAUGGAGGCAAUGUUGUAAAGCAGCUUAAAAUAUUUACAGUUUUCUAGAUAUUGGUGGGUUGGACUAAAACACCAGAGCGGGGAGGAGACUGGGCAAUUUUUAAGGCUCAGAAAAUAAUUUUAGUAGGACUGAUAUUGCUUUUGAAACAACUAGAGUCUGAAGAGCUGGGGCUCAAAUAAAUACUUCUAGUGGAGAUACUGUACUCAGCACAUGUUUGGGAAGGGGAUGGAUGCGGACAGGUUUAAAAUGUACUGUAGUUUCUGCAAGUGAAAAUGUGUAUUUUAGAGGAGGAGAGAUGAAAAACUUUUCAAUAGAUUCCCCCGCCCCCUCCGGCCGCUUGGAAUUAUACUGCAGUUAACUCACAUUAAACAUUUAUUGUAGUGAUUCUUCUUAACCUCCUAUCCCCCCACCCCUUUGUGGACCAGGAUUUGGAAUUUCCCAGUUGCUAAGAAAUUCUAGACCCACAGUCUGGAGGGGCUAAUACUGCUGCGUUAUGCAGCAGUUUUAUCCUUUAAUUUGUGCUUUGUCUAUUUGUAUUAUAAACACACGCGCGCGCGCUUCGAACCUAAAGUCACUGUUAAGUAAUUAAUAUUAAAUGGUGAAACAAGUUAUAUAAACAAGCACACACAAAAAGGAACUAUAUGAUUAUUAAUGUUUUUAAUAGGUGAGAUUCUAGUAGGGCACUUUAUAAGGAAUGCUGUAUCUCUCACUGAAUAUUUAUUAUUUUGGUUAGGAAUAUUCCACAUUGGUAUCUUUUUGAUUUCACUUUUAAGGAAGCCUAGCUUAUUUACUUCCAGAAUUUUUAGGGGUCUAUUUUUUUUUUUGACUGCAGGCUUGAUGUAGUUCAACUGGGGACUUUACAACUUCCAAAAGUAUUUUUCAUGUGGGAUAUCCUCAACAAACAGUGUUCUGCUUUUGAGCAAAUGUGAGAAUCAUCUAGGGUCAAUCCUGCCUUCUGGAACAUAGCAGAUGUAUCAGAAACUGCAUUAUAACUUAGAAAAUCAGCAACUGUGCUUUUUACGUGCAUGCUCUGUAAGUGAUUUCUCAAAAUAUGCCUGUUGGAGGGCAGGACUGAAUUUAAAUGUUUUGAGGUGAAAGUGGGUUUAGAGGUGCAUAAUUGAACCAUGAUGGCAGACUUUUCCGAGUUCAGUUACAUCAAGCCGACAGCUUUAUCUGUAAAUAUAAUAAUGAAUGCUUAAUAGAACAUUAUCACAAUUUUAAAGGUAAUUGCUGGGUAGUGGGUGCAAUAUGUGUUGAUCCAUUCAGUAGUCUUUCCCUGCUGUGUGUGCUGAAACAAUAGCAUUUUCUAUUCAUAUGAAUGGUUUUGCAAACAGCAGUAAAGGGAAAAUACUUCCAUUUACAGAUUACAGUUGCUCAAACCUCUCUGUUUUUUGCCUUGUUUUGUUUAAAAAAAAAUGAGUUAAAGAAGCCUGGUGAUUUGCUUGCUUGCUUUCUUUAUGCUUUUGCUUCUACUUUUGACUUCACAUUUGCAAAUUUCAUAAGACAAACUCUGUUCCUGUUACCAGUUUUGAUCCUAAAUAAAGAUGUAUGAAAAGCAGUCUGGAAAGCAAUAUCAUGAUGUAUACGUAUUAAUAAACAGCUUUGGAGUUAUAUUUA